GCGACCGGAAGUGGCUUCCUGGCCUGACAACUUGAUCGCACAACCCUUCUCGUCCGGUUUGCGGGUCUUUCGAGCAUCCCGAGUGAUACCAGGGUCCUCCAUGGAGGGCUCAGGGAGCAGAGGAAGACGAAACCCUCUCUGAAGAGCAGUUGCCCACACCUGACAGGGCAAGAGAAUGUGGGGACAUCUUCCUUACUAGAUCCUCAUGGAUACAUGGCUCAAGUCUGGCUUUUUCCUGUACGAAAUCUCCCUAUAAUUUUUGUGUUUGCUCAUGAAACUUGCAUUCACGCUGAGAAUCUUUAUGCAUAGACUCACAGACAAACCUAGGAAAUAGAAAACAAAUGCCUGCCAAUGAUUAUAAAAAAUGAACACAAAACGGGCGCGCACACCCCCACGGAGGGGAUGGGGGGCAGGGAGGAGAAUAUAAAACGAGAGGCGGGGCGCGCACCGCGGCAGAAGGAGCGAAGCUCUGGCCCAGCGAGGAGUGGGCGAGUACCGGGACGCGGGUCCAGGACGCGGGUCCUGGGCAUCGGGCUGUGUGAAGUCAGCGCGCUCACCUGACCGUGAUCCUCGCCACCCCGAGCCAGGAACGGCGAUCUCCUAAGGCCCGCCUGAGGCCUCCGUUCCCGUCCAGCGGCAGCGACAACGUCUUGCACCCUGCCAGCUCGGCGCUCCCGACCCUCGACCCUCUCGUGCCCCCGCCCUGCCUCCGCUUCUCCGCAGCCCAGCCGUGGGUCUGUGGCGGAUGCAGCCCGAACAAGACCACUCAAGGAGUUGAAACAAACCUAACUUUGUGGCAUAGCAGCUAUGCAGCUUGAAAUCCAAGUAGCACUGAAUUUUAUUAUUUCAUAUUUGUACAAUAAGCUUCCCAGGAGACGUGUCAACAUUUUUGGUGAAGAGCUUGAAAGACUUCUUAAGAAGAAAUAUGAAGGGCACUGGUAUCCUGAAAAGCCUUACAAAGGAUCAGGGUUUAGAUGUAUACAUGUAGGGGAGAAAGUGGAUCCAGUGAUUGAACAAGCAUCCAAAGAGAGUGGUUUGGACAUUGACGAUGUUCGUAGCAAUCUGCCAGAGGAUCUUAGUGUUUGGAUCGACCCAUUUGAGGUUUCCUACCAAAUUGGUGAAAAGGGACCAGUGAAGGUGCUUUAUGUGGAUGAUAAUAAUGAAAAUGGAUGUGAGUUGGAUAAGGAAAUAAAAAACAGCUUUAACCCAGAGGCCCAGGUUUUUAUGCCCGUAAGUGACCCAGCCUCUUCAGUGUCCAGCUCUCCAUCGCCUCCCUUUGGACACUCUGCUGCUGUAAGCCCUACCUUCAUGCCCUGGUCCACUCAGCCUUUAACCUUUACCACUGCCACUUUUGCUGCCACCAAGUUCGGCUCUACCAAAAUGAAGAAUAGUGGCCGGAGCAACAAGGUUGCACGUACUUCUGCUAUCAACCUCGGCCUGAAUGUGAAUGACCUCUUGAAGCAGAAAGCCAUCUCUUCCUCAAUGCACUCUCUGUACGGGCUGGGCCUGGGUAGCCAGCAGCAGCCACAGCAGCAGCAGCAGCCAUCCCAGCCGCUGCCGCCACCACAGCAGCAGCAACAGCAGAAAACCUCUGCUCUUUCUCCUAAUGCCAAGGAAUUUAUUUUUCCUAAUAUUCAGGGUCAAGGUGGCAGUACUAAUGGAAUGUUCCCAGGUGACAGCCCCCUUAUUCAGUACAGUAAUGCCUUUGAUGUACUUGAGGUCUAUGGUGACCUCAACGAGAAGUCUUUUGUAGGUGGCUUGAAUUUUAGCUUAAAUAACGUACAGUAUUCUAACCAGCAAUUCCAGCCUGUUAUGGCUAACUAAGAAAACAAAAAAGUGUGUCGUACCAGUUAAAAUGCACGGGCGCAAGAGGACUUUUUUUGCACCUCCUUGAGAUUUUUUUUAAGCUUAUAGUAAGGAUACAUUCAGGCUUGGUUACAAAAAUAAAACAUGAAUCGUUUUUCAUUUGCCAACCAAGCACAAAGUUAUUUUAUACUGACUGUAUAUUUUAAAGUAUACUCUCAGAUAUGGCCUCUUACAAUAUGUAAGAUAUAGCAAGGACAUGGCUGAUUUUUUUUUUAUAAAAAAUUACCACUAAUAAGUGGGUUUAUUGGUCUUUUCUAAUUGUACAAUUUAAUUUGGUACAAAAUUUGUAAAAUAUCAGAGGAUAUAUAUAUAUAUAUAUA